UUUGACCGUUUCGGAAGACAAGCGGCUUCCCGGUUGGGUUGUCUGCACUGUUGGCAAUCUUUAACCUGAAAACAGGACGAACACCCCGUCAAUCGCUCUUCCAGUUUUUUGCUCCUCUUCAUACCUAAGGCCAUUUCGCUCGUUUCAUGGCCAUUUAGACAUUAUACGAUUGCACAGUUUUGCUUUACGGCUCUGACUGUCUUGUCCAUUGCCCCUCGCUCUCGUUUCCGGACACGACUUGGGCAAACCGGCUUCGACCACGCUACCAUGAAAUCCGUUGCUCUGCUAUCGGCGCUUGCGGCCGUGGCCCAGGCCGGACCGACCAAGACGGUCCCGGUUGCUCCACGCCAGGUCUCGGUCGAGCCAAUAACAGCAACAGGCAAUGCCUUCUUCAAGGGAAGCGAGAGGUUCUAUGUCCGCGGUGUUGACUACCAGCCGGGCGGGUCAGCUGCCAACAUUGAUCCCCUCGCGGACCCCGAGAUCUGCCUGAAGGAUCUCGAAAAGUUCAAGAAGCUCGGCAUCAAUACUAUCCGCGUCUACUCCACCGACAACUCGAAGGACCACGAUGAGUGCAUGAACGCGCUAGCCGAGGCCGGCAUCUACGUCUUGCUCGAUGCCAACAACCCCAAGUAUUCGAUCAACCGUGCUGAUCCGCACGGCUCUUACAACGCCGUGUACCUGCAGAGCGUCUUCGCCACGAUUGAUGCCUUUGCCAAGUACACCAACACCAUGGCGUUUUUCUCCGGCAACGAGGUUAUCCACGAUCAUGCGAACACGACCCUCGCGGCCAAAUAUGUAAAGGCAACGGACCGUGACAUGCGGGCCUACAUCAAGGCUCGUGGCUACCGCAAGAUCCUCGUUGGUUACUCUGCCGCCGAUGUCAGCGACAACCGCAUGCAGACUGCCGCUUACUUCAAUUGCGGCGCCGACGAGGAGCGGAGCGACUUCUUUGCCUUUAACGACUAUUCGUGGUGCAGCACCAACUACAUCAGGGCAGGGUGGGACCAGAAGGUCCGCAACUUCACUGGCUAUGGAAUUCCCAUCUUCCUCUCCGAGUAUGGCUGCAACGCGAACAAGCGGGAUUUUGGCGAGCUCGAGUCUCUCAUGCACCAGAACAUGACCCCCGUCUACUCCGGCGGCCUCAUGUACGAGUACUCCAUGGAGGCCAACAAGUUCGGCAUUGUAGAGAUUGAGGGCGGCCAGGCCAACGGUGGCGUCGACCAGACUGGUGAGCGCAAGGAGCUGGACGAGUUCGCAGCGUUCGCCGACGCUCUCGCGAAAUGGACUGCACCCUCCGGUGAUGGCGGCUACACCUCGACCACCAAUUCCGUCCCGUGCCCCACCCAGGAUUCGCACUGGAGCGUUGAUACCACCGCGCUCCCUGCCAUUCCUUCGGGUGCUGUCAAGUAUUUCACCGAGGGCGCCGGCAAAGGACCUGGCCUGAACGGGCCCGGCUCUCAGUGGGCUACCGACCAGGCUUCGACCAGCGAGGGUGGCACCGCCGGUGGUGACGGCACUUCUGCUGGCGCCUCCUCUACGUCGAGCAACGCGGCCAUGCGGGGUUCGGUGCCCGCAUUAGACAAGGGUCCCUUCGUUAUCUCUGGCCUUGUCGCGCUUUUCACGCUUGCAGGUGCCCUAGUGUUGUAAAAGCAGGGUUGUAAUCUGCAUGUAAUGAAGCGUGGGGUAUGGAUUUGAUACUUACACAUAGGAUAAUACCAGCGCUUGCUUUCUCGGGCGAACUGGAAGCUUAGAUUUCAUGGGUUCUUCAUUGACAUCUGUACUUGGUUAUUGCAUGUGGUUCAUAUUCAUAAUAAUAUAACCCGUCUUAAGAUGGUUGGUGUUAUCAUUGUUUUAAGGUCUGUCCCUGUUUCUCUAAAACCCCCCUGUCCUUCUUUAUCAAGGUACCAUCGUCGAGGCACGUUCCUAUAAGGAGGGUCCCUAGGGAGCUAACCAGCGACCCGGGCUUGAUUCUACACCUACACUUCUUGUCACAGUAGGUGUAUACUUAGUAUAUAUGUAAUAAAUAAAACGACUAACCCACCG